UUCAAUUUGUAUAUUCAGUGUAUUAUUGCUCCUCACCUUUUCUAUAUAUUUACUUCACAAUGCUUUAUACUUCAAUAUACUCAGCUUUCCACACAAUAUCUAUUCUUGUAGCAUCAAAUAAAUUCUCUAUAAUGUCAUCUGAAUCAAGUUAUAAUAGUUUCAUUUCAUCUUCAAAUUCUUCUAGUUCCGAUGAUGUCAAUUUUAUUCCACCAGAUCAUAUAGCAGAAGAACAAAACAAUGACUACAUGCGGCGUUUUGGAAGACGUAGACGUGCAAAUCGUAUGAUGGACCAAAUGAUGGAGCCCUUCAUUUUGGCUAAUCCAACUGAAGUAUAUGCAAUGGUAACUCAAGUUCCUAGGGCACCUAGGCAACAAGUUGAUCGAAAUCGUGUGGAUGCACACACUCGCUUAUGGAACGACUACUUUGCCGACAAUGCCCUCUACCCCCACGAUUAUUUCGCCGCCGAUUUCGCAUGCAAAAACAUGUUUUCCUUCGUAUAGUAGACGUGCUGAUUAAUAAGAACACGUUCUUCCAACAAAGGCCAGAUGCCACAGGGAGACUUGGUGCAUCAGCAUUGCUAAAGUGCACUGCGGCUAUAAGGUUGUUAGCAUAUGCCACAUCAGCAGAUUCAGUGGACGAUUAUCUUAAAAUAAGUGGCUCUCUUGCUAGAGAUUCACUACAACAUUUUGUUGAUGGUGUGGUUGCCGAGUUUGGUGACGAAUACUUAAGAAGACCUAAUGAAACAGAUUUAACGAGAUUGUUAUAUGCAGGUGAGGAAAGAGGAUUUCCGGGAAUGAUGGGUUCUAUUGAUUGCAUGCAUUGGCGAUGGAAAAAUUGUCCACUACAAUUUAAAGGACUCUAUUCGGGAAGAGCUGGUAAGCCAACUUUAGUUCUCGAAGCUAUUGCGUCAUAUGAUUUGUGGAUCUGGCAUGCUUUCUUUGGAACACCAGGUAGGUGCAAUGAUAUAAAUGUUCUUGAUAGAUCUCCAAUAUUUAACGAUGUAUUUGAAGGUCGUGCACCUCAGUAA